AUGCCUACGGUCAAGAAAGGAGAUAAUCCAGAGGUCUCCGAGGAUUUGGUGAUUGUUGGUGCUGGUAUUGGAGGUGUUGCAACAGCCCUAGGCCUUCACAGAAGCUUGGUCUUGGAGUUGGCCGAUAGCCUAAGAGCCAGUGGGUUUGCUCUCACACAGUGGAGCAACGCCUGGAAAGCCAAGGACGCUCUCGGUGUUGGGGAUCUACUUAUACAACACCACACCCAACUUCGCAGCAACGCCGUUGAAGUGCGAUGGGUUAGCCGACGGAUGCUGGUGGAGACUCCAUCGAAGCAGCUGCCGCAUGGGAUCAUCAGGUUUGGAUCCAAGGUGGUAUCCAUAGAACAACAAGAUGAGAAGUUUCAUUUGGCUGAUGGAACCCUUAUUAGAGCUAAGGUGCUGAUAGGUUGUGAUGGUGUGAACUCUGUGGUCGCCAAGUGGCUGGGGCUUCCAGAGCUCGUCUCCACCAUAAGAGGACUCGCACACUACCCUGAAGGCCACGGCUUUGAACCCCGGUUUGCUCAGUUCUUUGGCAAUGACGCUCGAUUUGGGAUCUUGCCUUGUGAUGAGCGAACGAUCUAUUGGUUCUCUACUCUUUCUUUUAACCCUCAAGAUGAUGUUGCAGAUGAUGUGACAAUGAAAGACGACCCGCUGAAGCUGAGAGAAAUUGUUUUAAGUGGAAUAGAGGGGGCACGGGAAGCAGUGAGUGUCGUAGAGCACACCGACCUGAACUCCAUAAUGUGUUCACCUCUAAGGUACAGGUCGCCAUGGACGAUGCUGUGGGGUCAUGAGCUCCGCAAGGGAAAGGUGACUAUGAUUGAGGAUGCCAUGCACCCAAUGACUCCUGACCAAUUGGGAAGAUGCUCUGCUCUGGAGGAUGUUGUGGUGCUUGUAAGGUGCUUGGGAGAAGCCCUCUUGGGGAUCACGGGGAGUGAAGAACAGAGAGACCAAAGAGUGAAAGAUGGACUGGAGAAGUAUGUGAGGAAGAGGAGGGGAAGAAGGUUCAGGCUCAUUUUGACGGCCUACUCGGUGGGGAGGCUGCAGCAGAGUGGUGGUACGACGAUCAACUUCUUGAGGAAUAGGUUGCUCAUUAGGAUGCUUUCUUGGGUCACAGUGCAGACUUCCAUGUUUGACUGCGGGAAGCUUCAAGGAUGA